AUGAAUUCCGAUAUUUUCAAUCAUUUGAAAGAUUCAUUAACAAAAACGACUAAUCCUGAAAAUCAAAUGUAUUUAAUAACUCGAACAAUUGGUAAUGUUGGAACAAUUUCUCGAACACAAAUAGCUGAUUUAAUGAAAUAUCUUCCAUCAGAUUAUUAUAAACUUCAAUUAUCCAAAAUGGCUUAUGGUUAUGUUAAUGAUUUUCAUUCUUAUGAUCAUAUCGUUGGAGAUUCAUUUUCAUUUCAUCAUACAAAAGAUUAUUUAAACGAAUAUGUUCAUCGAUAUUGA